UCUCUUCUUUUCUCACUCAUUGUUUUGAUUGGGGGAAAUCCGCUGCUUUUCUCAGCGACGCUACAAGCAUAAUAGCAGCUGUAGAGAGUGCGAGAGAGGUUGGUGUAGGUUUAUCGAGGAGUUUGACGUGCGAUUAUUUUGUGAAUUCUACUUGUGUUGAACGUCAAAAAAAUAAAGAAUUAUAAUGGAGUGGCUUUUUGGAAAACGUGUAACUCCUGAGGAAAUGCUCAGAAAAAACCAAAGAGCCUUGAACAAAGCAAUGAGAGAUCUAGAUAGAGAAAGAAUGAGAAUGGAACAACAAGAAAAGAAAAUUAUUGCUGAUAUAAAGAAAAUGGCAAAAGAUGGACAAAUGGAUGCAGUCAAAAUUAUGGCUAAAGAUCUUGUCAGGACAAGGCGUUACGUCAAAAAGUUUAUGUUAAUGAAGGCAAAUAUUCAAGCCGUAUCCCUGAAGAUUCAAACUUUACGUUCUCAAAACACAAUGGCUCAAGCCAUGAAAGGAGUCACAAAGGCUAUGCAAAAUAUGAACAAGCAAUUGAAUUUACCACAAAUUCAAAAGAUUUUGCAAGAAUUUGAAAAACAAUCAGAGAUUAUGGAUAUGAAAGAAGAAAUAAUGAACGAUGCAAUAGACGAUGCCAUGGAAGAUGAGGGUGACGAAGAAGAAAGUGAUGCGAUUGUGUCACAAGUUCUGGACGAACUUGGCCUUCAACUGAACGAUCAAUUGUCAGGACUACCUCAAGCCUCAGGCUCGUUGAGCAUAGCGGGCUCGAAACAGCCAGUAGCCGCCGCAGCUGGAGUCGGUAACGACGACGGUAACCUAGCGGAUGCCGAUGCGGAUCUUCAUGCGCGGCUCGAAAACCUGCGCCGCGAGUAAAGUACGUCGAGACGUAUACUAAUGUUUGUGUAAAUGAUGUAUAAAAAUACUUACUCGAUUCUUGUGAUAAAUCUAUAACGUAAGGUUUAUUUUUUCAUUAUCAGACAAUUAAUGCACAGGCCUAAAAUAAACCUAAAAAUUAGAUAGCGCACGCUGUAGCUUAAAGCUGAGCUUACACCAGGUCGCGAGUUUUUCGUCCAGUCGUUUCUGGUCAAGUACAGCUUGCACGAGACGAGUCAUUGGAUUCGAUAAACUCGUCAGGUUUAUUUAAGACCAAUGCAUCCAUUGCUAUUCGCAACGUUUGUAUGCUUGAGUUUAAAGUAUUUUUCUCUAAAGUUUUAUAAGGAUUGUUUUGCAAACCAAAACAUAAAGAAAUCGUGCUUCGUGCAGUGUCGCGCGCGGUGACUCGAGAAUUCGCGACGGUUUAACGUAGUCGCUUUUAAUACGCUGCGAACAAUCAUACACUGCUAUAAAAUAGUUGAAACGAGGUUGGUUAAUAUCAAAUAAUAAAGACAAUGCGUCAGCCCGUUUUUUAAAAAUGACGGAUUUUAUAAGAACUCUAUUUACUGAGAUCACGCCCUCGAAACGUUUGCCCGUACAGUGUGCAACGUUCACGUCAGACUUGCUUUCGUAAAAAUGAAAAGGUCAAAUGUUUAACGAACUAUCGUUGUAAUUGUAAUUCAAAAGCAGCUAUGAACAAUAAUUGAAUCAAUAAAGAUUAAUGUUAA